CUGCUUAACAAUGGGGUUUAUACGUGAAGACUGAUGUGGGAGAAUUGACUAUUGAUGGUAUGUGGUGGGAAGACGAAAGAAAAAUUUUUAAAAACAUUUUGAUUUGCUUGCUAGAAAAUUUUGUUAUUAUUGUGGCUGAUUUGGAGGAAACAAAAUAUUUCUCUACAUGGAAGUCAAAAGAAUCAUGGGAUUCAUCGAGAGUCUAUGAGCAGAGGGUAUCACAACACUCUGAGAAGUCGAUUCAAAUUGCAUUUCAAUUAAAAAUCAACUUGAAUUCAAAACAUUCAUAUGUGAAGAAGAAUGAAUACAAGGAUGAUAUUUCAAAAAAUUACAAAGGAGAAGAAAAAUAUAAAAAAGGAGGACGAGGUUCUAACAACUACCAAAAGGGUGAUUCUCAACAAGUGUCAAAGUGCAAUUUUUAUAAGAAGAUUGGUCAUUUGGAGAAGGAUUGUUUGAACAAAAGAAAACCUCAAAGUUUCAAUAGUAAGAAGUAUGGGUAUUUGGAAAAAUAUUGUGUGUACAUAGACAAUCAACAAACCAGUAGUGUUGAAGAGAAGGAAGAUAAAGAAAACUUGUUGAAUACUUGUAAAACUGCUAUGGAAACUAAAAGUGAAGUGUGGUUUGUAAAUUGUGGUUGUACUUCUCAUAUGUAUGGUGAGAAGAAAUUAUUUUUCGACAUGGAUUCGUACGUGGGUUCUCUUGUAGAAAUUGGAAAGGGAAACAUUGCUCAAGCCAAAGAAAGAGGUAUAAUUUGUGUACAAACAAGCAAAGAUGUGUUAUAUGUUCCCCAUUUGGCACAAAGUUUUCUAGUAAAUGCUGGGCAACAUGUAGAGCUUGGGUAUGAAAAGAAACACAAGAACAAAAUACAAGUGAAGAAGAGUAUAAAGACUGAGAAAAAUAGAAGUUGUACGAUUAAGUUUCAAAAAGAAAACAACGUAGCAAUGAGGAUGAAAACCAUAGAUGAAACAUGGUUAAGGGAUAAAAUACUUGAGCACCUGAAGUUCACCAGUCUCAAGGUACUUUCCAAAAAAAACAUGGUGCAAGGACUUCCUCAUCACACCGAUCACAAGAAAAGAGUGUAUGCAGGUUGUGCACUUGGAAAGCAACAACACCAACCAUUCCCAAAUCAUCUAGCAUGGAGAGCAAAAAAAAAUCUUGGAUUAGUACAUGUCGAGGUAUGUGGGCCAAUGAAGAACACACCAAUAUAUAAAGCUUUCCCCGCACCACCACCAACACCACCAGGGCCAGAAUACUAUAUAUUAGCUAUCCAAUGGGCUUAUACAGUCUGCGGCAGUCAACCAUCACGUUCUUCAUCGAAUUUCCAGAAAGAAUUUACUAUCCAUGGGUUAUGGAGAUACCCCGAGUUACCAUCUACACCAAAUUCCUUCAAACCUGGAGCCCUGGCGCCAAUCAAAGCUAUGUUGGAGAAAGACUGGAUUAAUGCUAAGAAAAAUAAUACUAACAAUCAAUUCUGGAAACAUGAAUACAAGAAACAUGGGGUACGUACAAGCUUUAGUACCACGAGAUUGUAUUUUUCCAAAGGGUUAGAAGCGUACGGGACGUUGGAAAAAUUUGGUUUGGGUAACUUUCUUGUUCGACUGUUUGCUGGCAAAGCUGCCUCUGAGCAGUUUAUAUUUACACAACUGAAAUCUCACCUACGUAACAAAAACGUUGGAAUGAUCUGUAGCACAGAUGGAAAAUCGAACCUUAAGGAACUACAGUUGUGUUUUAAAUAUCAAGUGAAUACCGGGAUACAAGGAUGGACACUCGAUAACUUACCAUUUCGGAGAAGGUGUCCAACCGGUGAUAUAAGACUUCCUCUGUUAUAAACUAGUUGUUUGCUUUGUGGACAGCAUACAUGAUGAAACGAACACUUGUUUCUUCAUUGCAAGUUCUCAUUUCGGGUAUGUAUUUAUUUUCUGAACAGCUUAAUUUGGUUUUAAGUGGGUUCAUUCUAAUAGUAUUAAGUGUACGCCACGGGAAUGGGGUCCAAAAAAGAGUUCAAAUAGUGAUUAAGCGCAGAGUAAACUGGCCAUCUUUGUAUACCAAGUACUUAUGGUUAUAUAGUUGCUGAUUGGAUU